UACAUCUCAGCGCGCACCUGUUAACCGGAAGUACUUAGACGUCAUAUAUCGGGUGUGUGUCGAGAGUGGCGUUCCUGUUUGUACUGGUUCUGGCAGUAUACAUUCUUUCUCCAGCUAGUUCCCAUGAAAAGAGGGUGAGGAAUGCAUGCAUGGAUAGUAGGCACAAAUACUUUGGCGAUCUGUACUUAAAGAGGCAUUGUAUGGGAAGCAGAGCUACAAGAUUAGCCAAACCAGCAAUAGCCAAAAUGACGGCAGAAGGGGAAUGUGCCAAACAUGCCAAGAUACAACGGGUAGACAGUUUCUUAGAACGGCUUCACGAAAAAGCGAGAUGUGAAAUUUAUCCCAGAACACAGAUGAAAAGAUUUAAGGUAGAAGACAAAUAUGUGAAAUGGAAUGUAGAGUAUCCUGACUACACCCCAGUGGUUUACACGUCUGAGGGUGUAUUAAAAGGUCCUGUCUGGGCAGACCCAGAUCUACUAACAACGAAAGCUGAUAUUAAGUGGAAUGCUGUUCAGAAUAAUGUGAGUCGAGUCAGCCACAUGGGACCGUAUCGUAUAGAGGACAAUCUUCCAAGAAAUCCAAUAGGACGCACAGGAGUGAAAGGUCGUGGGUGUUUAGGUCGCUGGGGACCAAACCAUGCUGCUGAUCCUAUUGUGACAAGGUGGCGGCGCAGUGAUAACAAUGUGAUAGAGAAGGGAGAAGACAGUAAGAAUAUUUUACAGUUUGUGGCCGUCCAGAGGAGGGACAACCAUCAGUGGGCCAUACCUGGGGGAAUGGUGGAUCCAGGCGAGGUCAUUACGGCCACAUUAAAACGGGAGUUUGGUGAAGAAGCCAUGAACACAUUAGAAAUGUCUGAAGAGAAAAAGGAUGAACUAGAUUUGGCAGUUAAUGAUCUAUUUCUCCAUGGAGAAGAGGUAUAUAGAGGCUACGUGGACGACCCUCGUAACACUGAUAACUCCUGGAUGGAAACGGUGGCUUUGAACUUCCAUGAUGAGUCGGGUACAGGAGUUAGUAAAAUUGAGUUAAAUGCUGGUGAUGACGCUGUAGGAGUAAAAUGGAUGGACCUUACUAGUAAACUCAAGAUCUAUGCCAGUCACAUAGACUUUUUACAGGUAGUAGCCAAACGACAUAAUGCUAGCUGGUGAACCUAAGUGUGAUUAGUAAUGUCAUCUAGUUCCUCUAAUAUCUUACCAUCAGUUGAACUGGGGUUUUAACCCUUCAUAUUAAUUAAGGUCGAUGUCAUUAUCAAAGACUUUUUGUUUCCAAGGACAACUGUAGUACAACACAAUAGCCUGGUGUCAGACAAUGAAUGGCUUCCCCAGCUUGGAAAAAUGAUGUUCUUCCUACAGAAUUGAACAGAGGUCCUAAAUUUUAGGUCUCUUGGAUGUUGUUCUAAACCAGAUUGCAGUAUGAAUGUGAAAAAUUAAAUGGUAAAACAAUGGUAGACAUUACUCAGGUUCUACAUGUAUUGAUAAAUACAAAGAGGUCACACAAAACUCAGGUUAUAACAUCCUAUUUCUAUCAGGGUCGAGAACUGUGUGCCAUAUUUGUUAGUACAAUAUUAUACCCUGCUGUUAUUUAUGGUUUCCUUAUAAUAUUUAAACGAGACUACCAUACUCAAUUUUAAUGGUUACUUUUUGACUAGUAAUCUUACUUUUUUCACAGGAAUACAAAAAAAAGUUUGUAUGAUUAUCCAGGGAAUUUUGUAAGAGUUGAAUACCAUUGAUAUUUAGUCCUGUUGCAAUGUCUUUAAAAAGAGUUAUUAUUGCAAACGACACGAGUUUGUAAAAUGUAUUGCACCUAUCAAGUGCCCCUAAUCCUUUUACAAGACUGAGUGGCCCCAUCCUUCACUACAUUCUUACAUGGUUAAAUGUUAUUGUGGCUAUUUCUUGAGAAUUUUAGAAUAUUCUGUAAUUAUUCUAUAUUUUCCCAAAAAAUGCUAAGCCCCAUGGUUUUUAUUUAGUUAAAUACCAUCAUUAUGAGUAUUUUUUAUGAAAUAUCAGAAAUAUGAAUUGUGUUAAGUAUACAUCUACACGGGAGUUGGCUUACGCCACCUGAAGUGUUCUUAUGAAGUUAGUGCUUUUCUAUUACGCAAAGACCACUAGGACCUUAAACAGCUUUGUUCCUCGAUAUGAGAGGAAGAGCAAUACGAGUUAAUCUAUCGAGGUACCCCUAACUGACUAUACACUCCACUGUAACCUAUUGGGAAACCCCUAACUGACUAUCCACUCCACUGUAACCUAUUGGGAAACCCCUAACUGCCUAUGCACUCCACUGUAACCUAUUGGGGUACCCCUAACUGACUUCACACCCCACUGUAACCUAUUGGGGUACCCCUAACUGACUUUACACUCCACUGUAACCUAUUGGGGUACGCCUAACUGACUAUACACUCCACUGUAACCUAUUGGGGUACCUCUAACUGACUAUACACUCCACUGUAACCUAUUGGGGUACCUCUAACUGACUAUACACUCCCCUGUAACCUAUUGGGGUACCCCUAACUGACUAUACACUCAACUGUACCCUAUUGGGAAACCCCUAACUGACUAUCCACUCCACUGUAACCUAUUGAGGUACCCCUAACUGACUUCACACUCCACUGUAACCUAUUGGGGUCCCCCUAACUGACUAUACACUCCACUGUAACCUAUUGGGGAACCCCUAACUGACUAUACACUCCACUGUAACCUAUUUGGGUACCCCUAACUGACUAUACACUCCACUGUACCCUAUUGGGGUACCCCUAACUGACUAUACACUCAACUGUACCCUAUUGGGAAACCCCUAACUGACUAUCCACUCCACUGUAACCUAUUGGGAAACCCCUAACUGACUAUCCACUCCACUGUAACCUAUUGAGGUACCCCUAACUGACUAUACACUCCACUGUAAACUAUUGGGGUACCUCUAACUGACUAUACACUCCACUGUAACCUAUUGGGGUACCUCUAACUGACUAUACACUCCACUGUAACCUAUUGGGAACCCCCUAACUGACUAUACACUCCACUGUAACCUAUUGGGGUACCUCUAACUGACUAUACACUCCACUGUAACCUAUUGGGCUACCCCUAACUGACUAUACACUCCACUGUAACCUAUUGGGGUACCUCUAACUGACUAUACACUCCACUGUAACCUAUUGAGGUACCCCUAACUGACUAUACACUCCACUGUAAACUAUUGGGGUACCUCUAACUGACUAUACACUCCACUGUAACCUAUUGGGGGACCUCUAACUGACUUUACACUCCACUGUAACCUAUUGGGGGACCCCUAACUGACUAUACACUCCACUGUAACCUAUUUGGGUACCCCUAACUGACUAUACACUCCACUGUAAACUAUUGGGGUACCUCUAACUGACUAUACACUCCACUGUAACCUAUUGGGAACCCCCUAACUGACUAUACACUCCACUGUAACCUAUUGGGGUACCUCUAACUGACUUCACACUCCACUGUAACCUAUUGGGGUCCCCCUAACUGACUAUACACUCCACUGUAACCUAUUGGGGCACCCCUAACUGACUAUACACUCCACUGUAACCUAUCGGGGUACCCCUAACUGACUAUACACUCCACUGUAACCUAUUGGGGUAUCUCUAACUGACUUCACACUCCGCUGUAACCUAUUGGGGUACCUCUAACUGACUUAACACUCCACUGUAACAUAAUUGGGGUACCGCUAACUGAUUUCACACUCCACUGUAACUUAUUGGGGUACCCCUAACUGACUUCACACUCCACUGUGAUACAGGGGUGUUAGUUUGUUGUUAUACUUAAUUGUGCUUUGCUUGAAAUCCAGCGAUAUAAUAUCGUAUGAUAUACUACGUAUAAACUAAUCUUUAUAGUGCUACAUAUAUAUGUAAUGACCGCCCUGAGGUAUUGUGGUGAAUUAUAUCUUAUCUCAGGUAAACAAACUUGUAACUACACUGAUCACUUGUCCUGAAAAUAGUGUGAUGAGGUAAAAUGUUUUGGUAAUAAUGCGAUUACACUGUACAGCAUAAACAUCAGGCAUUACUGCUGUAAGUGAAUAGCUAUCGGGUUAUGCUGUGACUUUACACCACUAUCAAAGCCUUUUACUUGAUUUAAUUUUAAAUUGUAAUGUCAGAAUGAAGACCAUGACAUUGGGUUGUGGAAUAAGACAAUGGACUAAGGGUUUCCUCUACUUUGAGGUUAAGGCAAAGAAAUCUCAAUUUCAGGGGUGAUAUUUGGUUGUCUAACCUGAGGUUUGGUUCAAACCGAAGGUUAGACAUUCAAAAAUCUCACUCUGAAGUUUGAAUUUCUGUCCAGAAUACCCUCAACAUAUGAGGGAUAAUUAUUUUUCUCCCAUCCUAACGAUACAAUUUUUAAAAAGCAAUGUAGGUUAAUUAUCAGAAUUUGUAAUCUGCGUUUUAUCCUGAAAUUGCAGUUGACCUCUACUGUUGAAAACUGACCAUGACAUCAUAAUGUAUUGUUUCCCUGAUGUCAUUGUAUUGUUUCUUUACAUGUGUCAUCUGUCAUACCAUUUAGUGAACCGGUAAAAAGGGAGACAAUUCAAUGAAAAGUAAGGAGAAAUGGAAGUCUGAUGUGGAAGUGUUGACUAGGGAAGGUUGUAUUCUCACAGCUUCAUUCCUAGUGAUGAGAUAUAAAGGAUAUGUAAUUUGUCUAAGUUUGUUUAAGUUUUAUUUAUCUCAUUUAAAAUGAAAGCUCAUUUAGUGGCCUACCACUUAUACAUUACAAACAAUCUCUUUUAGUCAUAAACUGGUGACAUAUUACUGCAAAUACUCGCCUGUGAUUCAUUUGUCUAGCAAUUUGGUAUAGAAUUACACUAAUCAAGUUUAGCCUUAUAGUUCCUUGUGGCCUUUAAUUGGUAGCAACGCCCACCCCUGCUAUAGUGUACAUGCAAUGUAAAUGGUAAAGACAGUAAUAAUAUAAUUCUAAUAAACAUAUUCUUGUGAACAAAUGUUAUUUAGAUGGAAAACGUAUUAUUUAUCUGAUGUGUGAUUUUUUAUUAUUAUUUUUUUAUUGAUAUUUUUGUUUGGGGGGGGUGGGUAUCCAAUGACUGAUACAUUUAUACAAUUAUGAAACAAAGAUGCUUUUUUUACCUCCUUACUAAGUAGUACUAAGGCCGAUUAAAGACCAGAGUUAUACUAAAUGUCAUCAUGGGUAUAGGUCAUCUAGAGAUUUUAAGAUCGUAAUCUAUCGGAUCAUUAAUACGAGUACAUAAUUAUAUAUUUUAUCCCUCAUUUGUAUAUACAGCAAAAGUAGUGAUCACAUUCCUUUUUAUAAGUUAUUUAUUACCACGUGAAAUCAAAAUUAGAUGUCAUAUUCAUAAUCUGAACCUCAGAAUCAUGUCAAAGUACACCCUCCUUUGUACUGUACACGAUACAAAGUAAAUAUACAGGAAUUCAUUUGAAGAUUGAAAAUAUUUUCGUUUAACCUUUUCAACAUCUCCAUAUAUGUUAAUCAUUUAAGUAUUUACCUAGAAUUCUGUUCGUUUGGUACAGAUCACAGAUUCUAACUAGUGGUAUUGUGUGCAAUCUUUAAUAGUAUAAUUGGUUUGUUUUAUUAAACAAUAUUUGGUCCUAAUUUUAAAGUCUAGACAAAAAGUACAUGUCAUUUUAUUUUUGAUCAAUUUUGUUUUCGGAAAAAUGCCAGAAAAUGGAUAAUCACUAUAUAAAAACUACAUAAUUAUGGAGGAAAAUGGUUCUUGUUCUGCACGCAUUCGGUUUCAUUUGUGUUCUCCUUAGAUACAUAAUGUGUCCCUUGUACUGUCCAUUCCUCAUUAACAUAUUGUCAGAAGAUGUUACCAAAGGGAUUCCAUGGUACAAAUACCCUGGUAAUUGUUGAAGUCUUGCCAUUCAGAAGUAUUCCCAGGUGGAACUGUUCCACAUUAGCCCUCGGAGAUCUUCUCAUCACAGCACUAACCUAAUGGUUGGUUGAGAGGUAUUGUUCUCUGCUGGAUAACUGUAAUACUUGGUAAUGAAGUGGAAAUAAAGCCAAACAAACCUGUUAAGUCAUGUUUAUUGGCUGUCCUGGAAUCAGGUAAAAGUCUGAUGAUGAUAAAAAUUUCCCUAUUUAAAUUGGGAACAAUUUACCCACAAAUUGCAAUAAAACAUCUGCAAGCUGGUUGUUACUGCUACUGUGAUAUGUAAAUUAAUUGUUAACAGUGAGCAGAGCAGAUAUCUUUGCUAUUUUUUAUGAUGUGUGGAGAGAUUCAAUAAUCAUAGAUAUAAAAAAAAAAUCAAACCAUGUCUUAUUUCUCCUAAAUAAUUACCAUUUGUCUGUUUUUGCUUUAAAAUGUCAAAUGUAUGCAAAUUUUGAAGUUUUUUUAUGUCCCUUUCUUAUUUUUUUUUAUUCCAUUCCAGAAAAUAUCAAUAUCAUAUAAAAAAAAUCAUGUUUGGUGAUGGCCAACAAGUAACAAUAAUAGCUACAUGGGUCAUUGUGGACAUAUUUAUUGUAUAUUUAAUAGGAAUAAGCUAUACAUAGUGCUAUUGGAUGCACAGUUUUUAUUGGUUUACUUGACAUCCAUUGUUAUGUUUUACAUAGUAUACACAGUACUAUACACAAUACUUUCUGGUAUACACAAUACAAACACAAUAUUUUCUGGUAUACACAAUACUUUCUGGUAUACACAAUACUUUCUGGUAUACACAAUAUUUACUGGUAUACACAAUACUUUUUGGUAUACACAAUAUUUACUGGUAUACACACUACUUUCUGGUAUACACAAUAUUUACUGGUAUACACAGUAUUUACUGGUAUACACACUACUUUCUGAUAUACACACUACUUUCUGGUAUACACACUACUUUCUGGUAUACAUAAUACAUUGGUAAACAUGAUAUGUAUAGGUAUACAUGGUAGGUAAAAGUGUGUACUGUAUUGAUAUACUUCACUGUUGAUACACAGUUAUAUGGAAUUUUAUCAUCAAGCAGUAGGACACUUGCAUUAUCAGCACAGAUAUUUUUUGAAAACUUAGCUGAAAUGUUUGGUUAAAAAAACAAGUGGCAUGUCUACACUUGAAAUGUUCAUGAGUUGAUAGUGAAGGAAAGUGCAGCUACAGUAGACAGUUCAAAAAAUGUAUGUUUUCUAUACCAUCUUUGAUUAAAUAACACUUUUCAUUGGUAAAUGUGGUAGAAUAGAUAUAAUCAACAUAUGUGUGCAUAUUAUGGUAGAAUACAUCUGACAGAAUUCGUAAAAUGUUGGAAAAAUAAUUUGAAUGAGUGUGCAAACAUAGAAGAGAGAUUUCAAGUUGCUUGACAAAUAUAUGUUAACAUUUUAUUUAAUAAAUCUAAAAUCAUGUAACAGGAUUUGUUCGGUAAAUCAUAACAAAAUCAUAACACCCAUCAUUUUAUCAGAUCUUAGCCCUUUCAUUACACUAUCCUUUAUUUUGGUACAUGUAACUUCAGUCAUUUCUUUUUCUUGACUGGUGUUUUACAGUCAUUUCUUUUUCUUGACUAGUGUUUUACAGUCCUUUAAUGUAUUCUGUAAUGUAUUUUGUUUUGUAUAGAAUUAUAAUAAAUCUAAAGGCUGUCAUUUUCCUGUAAUUGACACAUAAAAUAUUGUUAUCUUUUAUUGCCCCAUAGUUUAAGUGAAAUGUUUUUUGUUAUUGCUAAUAUGUCUGCAGUGUUAAUACUAGCUUGCAAGUUUGAAUGAAUAUUGGAUGUAAGUUGUUGCUGAAGAAUCAACUUUCAUGAGAACCUGGUAGCUAGCAAGGAUAAUACAUUGUUUAAAACCUCUCAAGUUGAUAUUUAAUAUUUAGUCUGGUUUUGGAUCCAAAGUAUGUAUGGUAAUUUUACCAAAAAAAAACAUUUUAUUUGAUUGAUACUAAAUGAAUAUUUACAUUGUAAGUACUUGUAGUUGUUAAAUGGUAAAUAAACUUGGUUUAU